AUGGUCCAAGUGGGCCGGGGUCCACAUGGGGACAAGCGGUUCCUCUACUACAAGGGCAUUUGCAAGAUUCUCCUCCAAUUUCUCUUCUUGAAGGAAAUCAGAAACCAAACCAGCGUCUCUGACUUCCUGCUCCUGGGCUUCUCUGCACACCCUGAGCAGCAGCCUCUCCUGUUCGGACUCUUCCUGGGCAUGUACCUGGUCACCGUGUUGGGGAACCUGCUCAUCAUCAUGGCCAUUGGCUCUGACCAGCACCUCCACACCCCCAUGUACUUCUUCCUGGACAACCUGUCCUUCGUCGAGAACUGCUUCACCUGCACCAUUGUCCCCAAGGUGCUGGCGAACAUCCUGACACAGCGCCACGCCAUCUCCCACGCUGGGUGCCUCGUGCAGAUGUACUUCUUCAUGGCGCUGACCCUGCUGGAUGACUUUCUGCUGGCCGCGAUGGCAUAUGACCGCUACGUGGCCAUCUGCCUUCCUCUCCACUACACCACGAUCAUGUGUCCCCAGCGCUGCCUGCUGCUGGUCGCCGCAUCCUGGCUCUGCUCCCACCUCCUGGCCUCCUCGCUCACCCUCCUCAUGUCUCAGUUCUCCUUCUGUGCCUCUCAUGCCAUCCCACACUUUUUCUGUGAUCUUCUCCCUCUCCUCAAACUUGCCUGUUCAGACACCCAGAUCUUUCAGGUCAUGAUGUUUGCUGAAGCAGCCCUCUCAGGUGUGGUCCCUCUCACCUGUGUCCUGCUCUCUUAUGCCCACAUCAUCCACACCAUCCUCAGGGUCCCCUCUGCUGGGGGGAAGCACAAGGUCUUCUCGACCUGUGGCUCUCACCUGUCAGUGGUUACUCUCUUCUACGGGACGCUCUUUCUGGUGUAUUUCCAGCCCUCAUCCACCUAUUCAGCAGAAAUAGGAAUGGUGGCAUCUGUAGUAUAUACGAUGGUCACCCCCUUGCUGAACCCCUUUAUCUACAGCCUGAGGAACAGGGACAUGAAGGGGGCUUUGUGGAGACUCCUUGGCUGGGGAAGAUGUUCCACAUCAUAA